AUGUCAAACGAAAUUGUAACCAACAAAUCUGUCACCUUCGUUAACAAUACUACUCCAGUCACCAUCACAUCUUCAGAGCUGGAUCUAACAUCCUGUUAUCAAGAUGACGAAGUUGUGAUAGAAAUCCAUGCUGCUGCUCUCAACCCAAUUGAUUUUAUGACUCAUCAGCUUUGUAACUCCUACAUAUUCGGCAAUUAUCCAAAAACUUAUUCUAGAGAUUACAGUGGCGUCAUCAUUAAAGCGGGAAAGAAUGUUGAUAAUCGCUGGAAAAUUGGCGACAAAGUGAAUGGCAUGUACAAUCAUAUUUAUGGUGAACGUGGUACUUUGACGCACUACUUGAUACUCAACCCUGCCAAAGACGUUCCCAUCACGCAUAUGGUGGAGGUUCCAAAGGAGGCAAAUGACCCAUAUGACGACUUUGUAUAUGCUGCUGCCUGGCCCCUAACGUUUGGUACUGCUUUUUCUACAUUGAACGAUUUCAAAAAAGAUUGGAAUUCUGAUUCAAAAGUCCUGGUUAUUGGCGCUUCAACCUCUGUGUCAUAUGCUUUCGUCCAUAUUGCAAAGAAAUAUUUCAAUAUUGGUACUGUUGUUGGUAUUUGUAGCAAAAAUUCCAUUGAACGCAAUAAAAAGUUAGGAUAUGAUUACUUGGUUCCUUACGAUGAAGGAUCCAUUGUUGAGAAUGUUAGGAAAUUAAAGCAAAGCGUAUUGGAAAACGACAGGUUUGACAUGAUUUUUGACUCAGUAGGUAACCAUGAUUUCUUCCCUGUUAUUGACCAAUUUCUAAAGCCCAAGGUGAAAAAUUCCUUUUACGUUACUAUUGCAGGAAAUAACAAGGUCAACUAUAAAAAUAUCAGUUGGAGAGACUUCAUAUCGUUGGGUUCAAUUUUAACAGCACUUAACCCAUUCAAGAAAUACAACUGGCGCCUUGGACAUCCAUAUCCCUCCAACAACUUCAUUGAAGCUGGCAAUGAAAUGAUUAAGAAGGGCACUUACAAGCCACCUAUUGAUUCUGUCUAUGAGUUUGAACAAUAUAAAGAAGCUAUCGACAGAUUGAUGUCCAAUAGAGCUAAGGGUAAAGUGGUUGUUAAGAUGAAAUGA